GCGCCGGUCAUUCCAGGUGUGUCUAGUCUCUAGUCUAGCUAGGCACUACUCUAGCUCCCAAGUGGCCAAGUAUACUCGCCAGAGUACGUAGAGUGUAGUUGAGCGUCGUCCAAGGAUGGCGUGGACCUCCCGCCGCAUGGUCGCGUCCGCGCUCGUCUUCCUGCUGAUGCUGCUCGCCGCCUCAGAGAUGGGGACGACGAGGGUGGCGGAGGCGAGGCACUGCACGUCGCAGAGCCACCGGUUCGUCGGCGCCUGCAUGAGCAAGAGCAACUGCGAGAACGUCUGCAGGACGGAGGGCUUCCCGUGGGGCGAGUGCAGGUGGCACGGCAUAGAGCGCAAGUGCCACUGCAAGCGGAUCUGCUAGUAAUUAACUAGCCGGCUGGCCAGCGCAUGCAUGCACGACGACCGACCUACCUGCUGCUGGUCCGUUUGCGUUUGUUUCUUGUCCUUUGGGCCUUGCUGUGGCGCGCAGUCUUGCGUACGUGCGUGUGCGUGUGUCUUUUCAGUUACUCUCAAUUAGUCAUAGCAGACGUGCGUGGGUGCGAGCGUGUGUCUCGUUGCAUUGAUGAACCGGCUUCACGUGCUGUGGUUUUACAGUUUCUGAUGUGUUUUAGCUAAUCUCGAAUAAUAAAUAAUAAGGCCCCGUCUUCACGCAGUUGCGUACUGGGUGCUUACGUACA